CAUACAUUUCAAAGAAGGGCUGUUAGAAAUAUAUUCGCUUUUAUAUCGUCGUCAGCCAACAUCUGUUAAAUAUCUUUGACAAUCUCUCUGUCAACGCUAGUUUCGUAUUUUAAAAAAACCAAUCCUGGCUUGGACCGGCGCGCCUUUCUGCUCCUACCACGCUUUUGCUCGCCGUUCCAAUCGAUAAUACCACGCGCUAGUCCACUGUUGUUUUUUACAUCUACACUUUCGCCCAUAUUAAAACUCUCACACAGCACUAACUUCCAACCAUGGGACUCUGUCUUUCUGCAGAGGAAAAGGAGCAGAAGGAGAUCAGUCAAACUAUUGAUCGAGGACUGGAAGAAGAUAAUAGGCGACUUAAAAAAGAGUGUAAAAUCCUGUUACUAGGGAGUGGAGAGUCUGGCAAAUCCACUAUUGUGAAGCAAAUGAAGGUUAUUCAUCAAGGUGGCUAUAGUACAGAAGAAUUAGCAACUUAUAAGUUGACUGUAUACAAAAACUUGGUUGACUCUGCACAGUCAUUGGUAUUGGCAAUGGAAAAACUACGACUGGAGCCCGCUUUGCCCGAGAACAGAGCCAAUGCCGACCGUAUUCUGGACUAUCGAGUGGAGGCAGACCCUUACUUUAUUUUAAGUCCUGAUAUUGUCAACGCUAUCGAUUCUUUAUACCACGAUCCCAUUACGGCUAUUUGCAUGGAGCGAUCGAGUGAAUUCUACAUUAUGGACUCUGCACCCUAUUUCUUUAGCCAAGUACGGCGUCUGGGAGCAGAAGACUAUACACCCAGUGUACAAGAUGUUCUCAGAGCGCGCUCCAAGACGACAGGCAUCUCAGAAACGAGGUUUAAUAUGGGGCAGCUUAGCAUACACAUGUUUGACGUCGGUGGGCAGCGCUCAGAGCGAAAAAAAUGGAUUCAUUGUUUUGAGGCUGUUACAUCUAUCAUUUUUUGUGUGGCGUUGAGUGAAUAUGAUCAAGUGCUGCUGGAGGAGUCUGGUCAGAACCGAAUGGCCGAAAGUCUUGUGCUUUUCGAAUCAGUCAUCAAUAGCCGCUGGUUCUUGCGGACGUCAAUCAUUCUGUUCAUGAAUAAGAUUGAUCUAUUCGCAGCCAAACUUCCUAAAGUACCAUUGGAGAGAUAUUUUUCGGAUUACACAGGUGGCCCGGACAUCAGUAAAGCAGCAAAAUACAUCCUAUGGCGAUUCACGCAAACAAAUCGAGCACGACUUCAUAUAUACCCACACAUGACGCAAGCUACCGACACCUUGAAUAUCCGACUCGUUUUCGCUGCCGUCAAAGAAACGAUUUUACAGAACGCCUUGAAGGACAGCGGUAUCCUGUAAAACGGAGAAG